AUGGCCGCUACUAACCAAGCGCUUGUUAGAAAUAUACAAGAACAACUUAUAAGGUUAAUGAAACAGCUUGAAGAUCUCAAUGAAGAAAGAGCGGAAAUGACAGAAGAAGAUUAUGAAGAAGCACGUGAAGAUUCUGUUGAGCAACUGAAAGAUUUGGAAAGGACGCUCUCAAAGAUGGAGCACGGUGACAUCAGCACAAUCGAUGAAUUAACAACGACGAAAAUGGCUAUUAGAGCAGCCAUUGGUGAAGCUUUCAAAACUCCAGAAAUUGUGGCGCUGUUUGCUAGAAAGCAACCUGCAGCUUUAAGACAGAAACUUAUAAUGGCUGAAACGGAGCAUAAACUCGGCUCACUAUCUACUGAAGGAUUCUUAUCUAGAAAAGCCGAAGUACUGAUGGCGUUACAGAAACUAAGAGAACCAUUAAGUGAUGAAGAAGAGAACUUUCUAAAGAACUUAGAGUCGAAACCUACAUAUAAUCUAACAGAAGCAUCUUCGAAACGUACUGUAGAUGACAAUAUAAUAGAGAAAGUCAUAUAA